UGUUUUAGUAUAUAACAAUCAGGUAUUCCCAGACAUAACAAUCAACAUGAAGGGCUCCCUUUCCUUCUUCAGAAUAUUGCUCUAUCCAGUACUUUAUGUCUCAUCUCUAAAGUCUGAUUACGGGAUAUGGUACUGGGAAUGUAACACAUCUGAAGACACAUGCUCAAGAAUUUCAAACAGUUUGAAUCAAACCACAAAUGUGUAUCCUACUUUAGAAACAUGUAGAUUGGUUUGUGGCAAAUAUGGGGCACUUUGGCCCCUGCCAACAAGUGAUACUACAAUAAGUAGUAAAUUAUUGAAGUUUUCUUCAAGUUCUAUAAAGUUUAAUAUACCAAAUGAGGAAAACGACGUUAACAAUUAUCUUCGCGAUAUAUCAUCGAUUUUCCUCAAAGCAGUUACAGCGGAAGAUACAACAAACUGUCCUGAGCAGAAAAAUACAGUAGCAGUCACUUUUACAGUAAAAUCAGACGAUACAACUCUCAACUGGGGCACAAACGAAAGUUACAACAUAGGAAUAACUUCAACAGGAAAUCAAAAUAUUGUUCAAAUAUCCGCUGCAACGAUAUUUGGAGCGAGACACGGGUUAGAAACAUUAUCGCAACUAAUAGAUGUUUACCCAAAUAGUGAUGGUACGAAAUGUUUGGUGGUAACAGAAGAAGCAACAAUUUCCGACGCCCCGUUUUUUCCACAUAGAGGCUUGUUGCUUGAUACUGCAAGGAAUUUCUUAUCGAUUUCCAAAAUAAAGAAACAUAUAGAUGCAAUGGCUGCUUCGAAAAUGAAUGUUUUCCACUGGCACAUAACUGAUUCGCAGAGUUUUCCUUUGGAGUUGCCUCAGCUUCCAAAUAUGACAAAAUUCGGGGCUUACUCGAGUGACAAAAUUUACCAUCCUGAAGACAUUGAAAAUCUCCUUGCAUAUGCAAAAUUGAGAGGAGUUAGAAUCAUCAUCGAGAUUGACGCUCCUUCUCAUGCUGGUAAUGGUUGGCAAUGGGGCCCAGACGCUGGUCUUGGAAACCUUGCCGUUUGUAUCGACCAACAACCCUGGAGGUCGUACUGUAUCCAACCUCCUUGUGGUCAACUUAAUCCAAUCAAUUCCAACCUUUUUGACGUUUUGAAGCUUUUGUACAACGAUAUUGUUAAUAUGCUUCCAAAGGGUGAAGUCUUCCACAUGGGUGGAGACGAAGUUUAUAUUCCUUGCUGGAACUCAACGCCUGAAAUUAUCACUUAUCUCGACAAAAAUGGUAAACCUAGGACUACUGAAACAUUUUUGGAUUUGUGGUCAGAUUACCAAGAAAAAUCUCUUGCCGCAUUUGACUUUGUAGUACGAAAUAGUGACACACCUAUAAUCCUAUGGUCGAGUCAUUUGACUCAAGUUGAUAUCAUAGAGAAAUAUCUUUCAAAAUCGAGGUAUGUUAUACAAACCUGGGUUCCGGCAGAUGAUGAAUUACCAAAAAACCUUCUACUAUUAGGAUAUCGCGUAAUUGUGUCCACUAAAGAUGCUUGGUAUUUGGACCAUGGGUUUUGGGGUUCUACUGUUUAUCACAAUUGGAGGACCGUUUAUAAUAAUAGAAUUACACUUGGAAGUGGAACUCUUGGAGGAGAGGUGUGUAUGUGGGGGGAAUAUGUCGAUGACAGUUCAGUGGAAUCAAGAGUAUGGCCAAGAGCUGCAGCUGCAGCUGAAAGACUUUGGACAAAUCCUCUUGAUUACAAUGUGAAAGAGAUUGAAAAAAGGUUUUACAGACACAGAGAGCGCCUAGUCUCAAGAGGUGUUAAUGCCGAAGCUCUUGUUCCAAAAUGGUGUUAUCAAAAUGAAGGAGAAUGUUUGUAAUGGAAGUUAUUUCAAAAUAAAAUAAACUACUUUCAGACAAAA